CUGCUAUCAUGGCUGGUAUAGGCAUAGGCGCGUCUCUUGUCACCAUUCUUUUAGCUAUUGCCGGAUUAUAUAUAUUUAAAUUAUAUAGGAAAAAACAACAGCAUGGAAAAUAUGGACCCGAAGUUACGGAAGAAUCUUCUGGACAUGAAGUUAUAUCUACUGGAAAAGUUCGGAGCAUAAAAAAAAAUUAAUAUUUUGAGAAGAAGAAAUUUAUAACAGUUGUAAAUUUUUCAUUUACGUGUGGUCACGACAUAUUGUACAUUAAAGAUGUUAUAAGUUUCAGUGUAAACUGAAAAA